AAGAUGCACCGCUUGAUCCACGGAACUACCGUUCAUCCACGGGCCCCUAUCUGCGGGCCAGCGACCUUGGAACGCUGACAUUGCACGUCCGGUGUGCUGAGCCCAACCCAUUGUCACCCGUCCAAGAUGCUUAUCCGUGCCAUCGUCUAUCAGGCAGACAUGCACCAUCGGUCUUUUCUGCCAAUCACUGUGCCUCGUGCCUAGACUCGGCAUGCCGGUACACACCCCGGGGCCAAAAGCAAGUUUCGUCGAGUACAGUCAGUCUGUCCUCUUCUACGCCCUCCAUGCCACAUGCACGCAGCGACGCUGCCCAAGGGUUUGAAGAAACCCAUCUCCCGUGCACCUGCGAGAGGUGCGCAAACACUGAUUCGCCCGUUGCUUCGGCCAAGUACCAUGCUUCUUUAUUGUGUUUGUCCAAUCAUCCGUAGCUCCGGACUAACGACCAUCGCAAUGCGAAGCAGAAGGAUAUCUGCUAGUAUGGCGUGUUGUGGGGGACGUUCCAAGGCCUUGAAUAACGUUCGACUAGACCAUCACAGCGAUUGGCCUAAUUGUUCGGGACCGCGCAACGUGGAACAGGUUUCAAUCGUGAAUACUGUCAGGUAUCUUACUCCUCGAAUCGUUACUAGUAUACGCUAUACUCCGGUUGUAAAAAUGGUAGUCUCUGAAGCAACACUUCGCAUUCGCUUAGAACGGCAUGCCUCAUGCGAGAAUACAAUACAAGAGACGCUGCAUUCUACUGCAGGCAUCCCCAAAGAGGCAUUAUUGCGAUACGUACGUCAGACUGUGUGAUAAUACUCGACAUAGUAUAAAGAAAGAACCGUCAGAGAUACUUCGAGCAACAAGCGUUGUAUUCGCCACCCGCACGAGGCUGUUGUGGACAACGUCGAACACGUCUUCAGAUAAGCACCUCCAACACCU